AUGCUCGCCUUCCUGGUCUGGAUCGUGUCCCUAUUCAUCCCCACCUCCCUGAUCAGGCUGGUCCGACCCCGUGAACCCUCCGGCGGGGAACCCGGUCCCGACAUGGAUGCCUUCGUCGACAUGGCAGCGGCCGCGCUGAACAGCAAGAACGAGUUCAUACAUGAUCUAACGGCCCGGUUGGAGCGUGCCGAGGCCGAGGUCGCCAGUCACAGCCAGGCGCAGGCCGGGCUCCAGCUGGAGGUGGCACGGCUUGGGGAGGUGCUGGUGGCCCGUGAUCACAGCCUCGAGGAGCAGAGGCAGGCCACUGCCGAGGCCAGGCGCGACGCCCAGCUGGCGGAGCAGAAUGAGGCCAGCCUGAAGCAGUGCCUGUCCGUGCUGCAGGCGGAGAAGGAGGAGCUAGCUGACAUGCUUUCCCUGCGGGAGACCUCGUACUACACCCUGCUGACAACCAUUGAGGAGUACAUGUCCCUGGUUGACAUCAACCCCACCCCCUCUGCUGAGACCAGUCUGGCAGAGGCGUCGGCAGCCACAAACCCCACCCCCGAGAAGCUGGCCUUCUGGACUUCCAGGCUGGAAAGCGCAGCCCAACUGCGCCGCGACUGCGCCACCGAUCCCUGCACCACCCCUCGCCGCCUGGCGGUCCCCUCCUCCGACGAUUCCGGGGACGAGAAGUGGCACACCCCGGGCAUCCAUGCCAAGAGCCUGGGGCUGGACUUGGGGCCCGGUGUGGCCCCAAAGCAAGAGGAAGAGCGGGGCGUGGGGUCGCCGCAGACUCUCAUCAGGGCCAUCCACGAUUGCAUGGACAGCCUGAGCACACAGGAGUGGGCGGGGGAGGGGGCCCCACUGUCUUGA